CCCACUUUUCUUUCCGUCGCUGGUCGCAGAGGGCGGGGCUCCGUGUCUGCGUUUGACAGCUGCGAAAUAGAAAAUGUAUAGCGCAUAGAUGGUCAGGGACACCAUGCUGCUCCAAGGCAACCAGACUACCACAGGGAAUGGGAUGCAGCAUGGAUCUUUAUAGCCUGCGAAUGCCCUCGUAAAUCUGGGCCAAUUGGAGAACACCAAAUUAGGGAAAUCAUUUGCUUUUAUAGUGCAUGUAAGUCUGGGAUUUUGGGGGGGUCAUGCAUCGUGCAUUGUCGUUCCCGGUGACUGUGGAGCGCAGUCGGACCAAGGAGCGUCUGGAGGCGAGUUUGGCCGGGCUGUGUGAGCUGGAGCUCCGCAAGCAGAGGCAGGAGUGCCUGGUGCUGGGGGCGCUGGCUCUCGGAGACCCUCAGCUCCAAGACUGCUCCAGAGGAGAGCUGGCGUGUUUCAGCAGCUGGGGGCAGGAAAACUUGACACUGAGGCGUCAGCUGAGUGCUCUUCAGAGUUCCCCAUGGGGCCUGAUGCAGGCGCUGGAACAGCAGGUGGGAGACCUGAGGAUCGACGCUGACGAGGGCUGCUAUGAUGGAGAAAACGCAGGCAACAGUCGGCCGAGCUCUGGUUUCUAUGAGUCAAGUGAGGGUCAAUCGCAUACAGGAAGAUCUUGUUCCACUGAGCCCACAGAGACGGUCUCCUCCUGGGCUUACACCAACAACAGGCCAAAGUCUGUAGGAGACCCCCUCAUGCUGAAUGGAGAACUGGAUGUACCAGUCCCACGCACCACCUUGCCCCGUUCUUUCUCUGCCCCUUACCCACCUCUGGAGGGCAUUGCUGAAGAGGGUGCAGCAGUGGACUCCUGGCAGUGGGACCCCAGCGGAGCCAACCAACCCUGGCAGCAGCAACCUGCAGAGGAUCAGGUCACAGAGGAGGACUACCAGCAGGCUUUGAGGGUAGAGGGUUACAUCCUAAGUCUCAUCCAGCGUCAUACCCUAGCAUCAAGGCCCUGUCAGCCUCGCACCACACUGAGCCCCGACCCCCCAUACUGCAGUGCCUCCGGACACAGCUCCCUCCACAGGAGAACGCAGUCUCUUACCACAGAGCAACACUUUACGGACCCCCACUUCCAGCCCCAUGUUGACCUUUCAGCAAACCCUAACAGCCAGGGCUGGGGUUGUGACCUCUUAGAGGGGGAGGCCUGUAGAGGAGAGGCCCCAUCUUUGGAAGAGGACUAUUAUCUUGUCCUGCCCUACCCCCAGUCCAGGCCACACUCCUUGGCUGAGAGACUACCGUCACCUCUGUCCUCCUUGGACCCCAGUUGUGGUGUUGGGGCUCUUGACCUUUGUUGUGAGCCCCCAUCCCCCCAGCAUUACUUACAUCCAAAUCCCGCUAUUCAUCACAAAAACAAUUUAGUAAGUGCUCAGUAUAUUCCUGGACAGGCCUUCCAUGCCCCUGUGCGUUCCCCCAGACACUACAACUCAGAGCAGCCUAAACCAACCCAAGCUGUCUCCUCUCCUGACCACCAGAACUCCAAGUCCAGAACUUCUAAGAAGAGCCACAAUGAGCGGCAGAGAACCAAGAAAUCAAGCAGUAAAACCAGUCGUUCCCAGUCUGAAAACAGCCUCCUGGGCCAGAGAGUGCUGCCUGAGCGCAGGUACAGCACCACAGAGAGGCACCAAGGCAGAGGGGAUCUUGCUCAGAACCAAAGCCAAGUCAAUGAACUGCAGAUUGGCCACAACAGCCACAAAGAGAGCCGACGUUGGUGCUCCAACCUAGAGCUCAGCCAGGACGAAGGGGAGACCAUAGCAGGGCAGUCACAUAGACGCCCUCGAAAAGCUCGCCAUGGUCAUUUUUGUCCUCAUUCCCAACCCCAGAACUACCAGCAGCAGCAACAGCACCCGCUAUGUUGGCACCCAGACUUUCAGGAGCGAGCACCUCUCUGUCAGGGAGAGGAGGGCUAUACUGGCGCCGCCCCCGCAGAGUCCGAGUCCAGCAUGAGCGAGGUGUAUUCCCCGGCCUCCAGCUCACUGUCCAGUGACUCAGAUGAGAGCGGCGGACUUGUUUGGCCCCAGCAGCUGCCGCCACGUCUUGCUUCUACCUCCUCCUCAUCCUCACCUUCACCACAGGCCACUGCCAAUGCCCCCUCCCAAUCAAAAGCCGUUGUCAAGAUCAAAGCCUCCCAUGCUCUCAAAAAGAAGAUUCUCAGAUUCCGCUCAGGGUCCCUUAAAGUCAUGACUACUGUUUGAGGAAAAACCUCAAACCUGUUUUAACCCCGUAACCUAAUAAUGUGUUGCACAAACGUUGUCAGAGGAACACUGUGGCUGCUACUUUUGGUCACCUAUAACUAACCAAUCCAGUAUUCACAUUAUACCUCUAAUUACAGUACAGUAUGUUCUUAGUAAGAGACCUUUUGCAUCACACCAACUAUAAUCAAUUAGAGCAGGAUAAUGCCCAUUACUCCAUUUCUAGCAAGUGUUUUGUGGCACAGACUUUUCUAAGAAAUUUGACGGGUCCAAACUUUUCCACUAACUUCCCAUAAAGUGUCCUGGAAAGAACUGUAUAAUUUGCUACUAAUCAGAGAGAACAGCUCAAUUUAAAACCAAGUCCAUAUUCCUAGAAAUUGUAUUUAUUAUUAGAAAUGGUAUGCUCAUUUUACAUUUUGCGUGGUUAGCUGACCUGCUCUGCACUUAAUAUAGGCCUUCCUUGGUUACGUUACCAGUUAAUUGGAAUUAACUGGAGUGUACCAUUUGAACAUUGUCUCUAUUGUCCCACCAAUCAGUACCAAAUUACACAGUUCUUUCCACAAAACUUCUUGGAGAUUAUUUUGGAAAUUAUUGGUACAUUAUUUUUAAAUUUACAGACCAAUGAAAUAAAGCAUUACUGAAGCAUUACUUUAGUGUGUGGUAAAACUUGACAGACCUAUGUAUACAUUUGGUUUUCUUACAGUCUAAAGGUUUAUGAGCUGAUUGUAAAUCUCUGAGCAGGAAAUAUCUCUUUACCUAUAUCAGUUAUUAAACUCAGCGCUGCCUCUUUGUAAACUGUAGGGACCAGUGAGCAUCAGCAGGUCUGUGAGUCAGGAAUGGGUUUAGUAGAGGCCAAAGUGAGGUACCAGUGGACAUACAUACAUGCAUGCACAUACAGUGUGUAUAAGUGCACAGAUUUAUUAAAACAUAGGGACUCACACUCUUGUAAAUACGUAUGCUUUUGUAUAUACCAUAAUGUGGCCUUGUUGGGAAUGAAUGUAGUUUGUAAAUAAAAGCAAUUUUGCUCCUAA